AGCAUGAGUCCCCAAUAUAAAGGGGUCUUGUAAAGAGGCACGAUGAAGAGAAAUUUCGUCUCGACAUGGUAUCUGCUACGACUAUGGGCUGCGUGAAGUCAACCAGAGUCUCUCUUCUCCUGUUGUGCUUUCUACUGAAUGUAGCGGAUUAUUCAAGCUUGGCCUGUGAGGGAUGCAGCCUGAGACUGAACAAGUUUUUUGCUCACUAUGGGUCAAUCUACCAGUGCAUGGGUUGCUGCUUCUCUCGAGCGUACCCCACCCCUCAAUCAGCCCUGGAGACCAUGUCAGUCAAGAAGAACAUCACUUCAGAGGCAUGGUGCUGUGUUGCAAAGCACAGCUACGAGAUAGUUUUAGGAGGUGAAAUAACAGUGAGAAACCACACAGCGUGUCACUGCAGCACCUGCUAUUACCAUAAGGUGAUUUGAAACGUGGACGACUUGCAGCCAUCUACUCAGCCCUGCUCCUUGGAAAUGCACAAACCUUUCUCUAUUGUGGACUUCAAGUGUUUUUUGUUCGUCUUUCUUUAUUUUGUGAUGUGAAACUAGCCUUCAUGUUAGCAUUGAAAACUGUGUAUCUCUAACUAAGAACUUUAACGUGUAAUUAAAAAAGUGCACCAAGAGGUCCGAAGAUAAUGUGUUUUAUUCCUGGCUAAAUAUUUAAUGUUGUUGUCUUUUGAAACAAGGUCAUUGAAGUGAUUUAUGUGAUUACCACCUUUGUUAUUUAAUGCAUUUCUUCUCUGAGAAUGAAAUAAAUACUUUAACAAUCCCCAAAUGUAAUGUAAAAGAGAACUUUUGAAGCGUAUUUACCCUACAAAAAAAAAGGGUGUUCA